AUGGCGGAGGACCAGUGUGAGGUGCUGCCGCCGGCACCGGGUGGCCUUGGGGCGGGGCUCGGGGGCGGCCUGUGCCGCCGCUGCGGCGCGGGGCUCGGCGCCCUGGCCCAGCGCCCCGGCGGCGUGUCCAAGUGGGUCCGGCUCAACGUCGGCGGCACCUACUUCCUCACCACCCGGCAGACGCUGUGCCGGGACCCGAAAUCCUUCCUGUACCGCUUGUGCCAGGCCGACCCCGAUCUGGACUCGGACAAGGAUGAGAUGGGUGCCUAUCUCAUCGACAGAGACCCCACCUACUUUGGACCCGUGCUGAACUACCUGAGACACGGGAAGCUGGUUAUUAACAAAGACCUGGCGGAAGAAGGAGUGUUGGAGGAAGCAGAAUUUUACAAUAUCACCUCACUAAUAAAACUUGUAAAGGACAAAAUUAGAGAACGAGACAGCAAAACAUCACAGGUGCCCAUGAAACAUGUGUACCGUGUGCUACAGUGUCAGGAGGAGGAGCUCACACAGAUGGUGUCCACCAUGUCUGACGGCUGGAAGUUCGAGCAGUUGGUUGGCAUUGGCUCUUCCUACAACUACGGAAAUGAGGACCAGGCUGAGUUCCUGUGCGUGGUCUCCAAGGAGCUGCACAACACCCCGUACGGCACGCCCAGCGAGCCCAGCGAGAAGGCCAAGAUUUUGCAAGAACGAGGUUCAAGGAUGUGAGGGACACAGUACUGACAGCUGAAGAAAUGAUUUACUUUGUCCCGAGAUGCAACAAACCGUUCAGGAAGCUUGGCCAUGAGAAGAAACCUGCUUUUGAUAAUUUUCCUAGAGAUCUGGGUGUGAAUCCUUUUUUGCCUCUGAGGUGGGUGGUGAGAGACGGGCCCAGCUGUCUGAGGCUGGGCAUCCCUGUGGGGGAGGUGUCAUGGCCCAGGGGCUCUGUCUCUGGGGGCCUCGCUCUGAUUUUUCCAAGUGCCACCCACAUGGGCCUGUGGCAGGAUGCUCCCGAUCAGCCUGUUUGAUCACUGAAGAUCAUUUAAGGACAGUGUUCUUGGUGCUACAUAAACUGUCUGUAAGAGCAGCCUGGGCCUCUGCAGUAGGAAGUGACAGCAGCCGCGUCGAUGUCCAGCACAUGGUGGCCUCGGGGUCUGGGUGCCACUGGCCAUCCAGGGGGCUCUAGGCCCUAGUCCCUGAGUUAGGGGUCUGCUCUGUCUCCGGGUGUGAUCAGUUGGUGGUUCCUUCGACCCUGCACAGGCUCCUGACCGGUGGCCUCUGCAUCCCCACUAAUUCUGGGGCUGCCUCCCCAAGGUGGGCCUCACAGGCCUGGAACAGUCGUCUUCUCAAUUUGUAUUUUCCGGGUGAGAGAACUUUGUAUCCCUUUUUUCAAAUGUGGAUAGACUCCCCAGUGUUUAUACUCUUUAGAAAUGCCUAAAAGUGUCGCUACGUUUUCGGUUGAUCUGUUAAGUCAUUUAGCGUGAGGUGGAAGUUUUGCUCAUCUGUCCCACCCACAGGCUCGUGAGGGAGCUGGCACCUGCUGGUGCCUUUGUCGCGUGGGGGCUGGUGGUCGGGGCUGGAGGCCUGGCUGCCCGGCUGCUGGCGCUGAAGCUCUGGGUUCCAGCAAAAACUGGGGUGUUUACAGCACAUCACAGAUGUUUCUUCCCUGUGGCUGUCAUUUGCUCUGUGGAACUACACAGUCUCCUCUCCCGUGGUCCUAGGGUGUGUGAGACCCUGCGCGGUCCGCCAGGCUCUCCCCUUGACCUGACGUCAGCGCAGCCAGGAUUCCCUUAGAAACUGCCACCCGUGUGCUUUGAGACCAGACCUGCCCAGCUGGUCUUCGGCUCAUCAGCAUCCAGGGACCUGGCAUGAGGGAGCAAGGGCUCCUAAGGGCAGCUGUGCAGACCGGCCCCGGGGCUGCCAGUGCGUGGGUCAGAGGCGCUGGCGCUGUCUAGUUCAAAUGCUUCCAGAGACUUCUCGCCCAUGCCCUCUCCCUCUUCUCCUUUGCCAGUAACCUGAUUAAGCAAGUUCUCCAGCAUCUAGGACUUACCUCCUCCUUUUUGUAAGGUCUCUUGUGUAUUGUUAAAUGUUUGGCUUAAACAGUUUAUGAAAACUUUCUUUAGGGCAGACUUAGCUGCUAGCUGGCUCUGUCCUCCCCAGUGGAGCUCAGGAGGAAGCGCGGUGUGCUCUGGGCUGCUGGCCGCUUAGCGUUGUUUGAUUCAUGACCUUGACAUAAUAGUUAGGCUUGUGGUUUUUUUUAAUUUAAAGAUAUUAAGACUUAAUUCACUAAAGUUUAUUCUAAGGGGAUAUUUAUACUUUUAUACUUUUUUAGGUAUCCGUAUUUUAUCAGCUUACAGUUUAAUGCCUAAGUUUCCCCUGAAGAUAGCAAAU